CCCCGGGCAGCAAGGUGCCCCUUUGCACUCGCACAUUCAGAUCGUACCGCGCGCAGACGGCGAGGGCUCCGAAGGCCUUCAGGAGUACGAAGACGACACCCCUACCUUUCGUUCACCAUCUCUUCAGUUCCCGCAGUCCUCUGAUCAGCAGUCUCGCAGAAGCAGCGCUCUCAGCGAAGAUACCGCCACGGGCACGACCUUCGCAGAUAUGGCGCGCCGCUACAAUAAGUCAGACCUCGAAGGUGCCGAGCGACCGACUUCUGGGCCCCUCCCACUGGCGGGCUUGAUCAGGCUGCAGUCUGGUCGCAGCAGGAAGGGAAAUAAGCUCUGGCGCCCGCUUCAGCCCAGCGACUUGGGUGGCAGUGAGAGGAACGAUGCCGGAGACUUUGACGUUGACAGCUCCUUCUCGCCGAUUGACAUCUCGGAACCGCUGACUAACACCGACGCCGCACGCCCGCUUCCUGCUCACAGAUUCAGGGGCGGAGGGUCACCAUACGACUUGGCCCCCUUGCAGACGGAUACGUCGAUGAAGACAGCCCGGCAACAUAAUGAAGCGUUGAACCAGUCGACCGAAGAAACACCGGUAUCUGAAACAAUGGACAGCGAGGACAUUAGUCCCACCGACAUGAGCUUUGGCGUAAUGGAGAACUAUACGAGGGUUUUCGGGAAGCUGCCGGACCAUAUACGUCUGCAGGAGGAGACGGGCGACUUUGACGGCCAGGUUGUCUUCAUUGGCCAUCCGAAUCGAGAUGUGUACGCUCAUCAGUGGUCAUCGGCUUCCUUUCAAUGGGUGAGCGUUGGGAACUGGUCUCACGCUCAUCGCAGGGUGGAAGGCUUGCUUGCUGGUCAACGAUUGCCAGGGACCAGGCUCCCUUACAACUCCAUUGAGUAUUUCAAACUCGCGGCCGAGAAUCAAGAGAAACUUAUCAAAGAGUUUGGACGUCCGGAAGAGGAUCCUGCACCAACACGCCCCACAUUCACUGAAGCAGACAGGAUGGCUUCACUUUCAAGCGCAUCCGAGUCGCCGGAUAAUCAGUUCCCAACCCUUGCACGAACGACUGCAGCACAUGCGACUCCCGAAGAAGGCUCAACGACGACAUCGGCCACUCGUAAUGUCACUAGGGAGCAUCUAGAAGAUCCGUUCGUCACUCCUGCGAGGCCACCGCAACCAGCUAUACCUACCUCUCUGAAGUUUGGAAGUGGGGGACCUGGCGCGAUAGGUUCAAUGAAUUUCAGCUACGAGUUCCCCGUCAGGCCAAGAGCUACUUCCGGGCCUUUCCAUCAUCAGAGUCCUGAGCUCAAUCCUCAACAAGCGUACAUUCAGCGUGAACGAGAGCGUCUCGAGGCAAUUCGCCGCGGAGGAGAGUUGCGCGAGACUCCAACACAUCUCCGUGAGGUUGACUUUGGCGAGGAGGCCUCCAGCGCGUUUGCAACCCCAGCUGUACGUGGUACCAGCAUCCGCACGCGAGCCUCACUUUCCCCAGAAGAUGUUCACAAUCGACAGCAGCUGAAGAAUAGGCUGGCUGGUCUCGGUGGUCAAGCCGACCGACCAGCUUUGCCGGCUGAUCGGCGUGUUCCCGUUCCCGACGUGCAAACCAACAUUCGUGCCCUGUUUCCACCAGGACCAACAGUUGCCAACCCAUAUCGACGUGUUUCAACACUGAACGCCAAUGCAGUUCCUUACACUUGCGCAUCAAUUGCCGCUCAAGUAUCCGAAGCCUCCGUGUCAGAAGUGACAACGGUUACUGCUGGACCUGCUCCAAAUCUGCAUGUCAGCGAUCCUGACGGUCUUCGACAAGCCCGCGCUCAAGAAGUCGCAAAUGGCCUCGGCCAGCAAGCUCCUACGCGGCAGAACUUUAAUGGUCCAUUCUUCUCUGAGUCAAUGCCGACUGCAUAUGAUCCGACGGUGUCGCUCACUAUUCAAGUCAACAAUGACGAGAAACUCAGCACCUGGUUCCGCGAUGGGCAACGACCUCUCAGACAACAAGAAUAUGCUAAGACCCUCAUGGGAACGACUAAUAAGACUAAGACCUUUGGUGCCGUUGGCGAUGGAUCCUCCAGAAUGCAGAAUUCUACCAAGUACGAGAACACUCCGUUCUUUGUUCGCGCUUAUGAGAAUCUCUUUGAGUACGCCGAGGAGUCUCGCGCUGGAGGUAGCUCAAGCUACUUCACGAGGGCGUGGAAGCCCGCAUCACUUCAUUUGCGUGACCUCAGCCCGAAUGGCAACAACAGCUUCUUCAGCGACGUCUCCCACGCGUCGCCACAAUUGAGGAGAGAAGCCAAUCGGGCGGUUCCAACCUUCUCAGGAAGCCCCUGGGGAGGAGGUAUUGGCUUGUCUGCGGAUUCCCCGUUCCACUUUUUCGAAGAGCUCGUUGUCCCAGAUGAUGAUUCGAGCCACCGUCCUCGCCGAGACUUCUAAGAGCAGACUUGGGAAGACUUCUUUUCAUGCCCUCGGUUAGUAGCCGUCUGGCUUCCAAUGCGCUAGCUUUCGGAGUUUACAAAACUUUCAGCUCUCCAUCCGUUCGUUGACAAACACUACGAACACACGUCUUUGCGACUUCAUGAUUCUUAAUGGAUACCCAGUCCUGGAUGGCGUCAAGGCUGGGCAUUGGGCGGUUCUCUGGCUGCUUUUAUUGAAGAUAUUGUUGCUUGGGAGGAACACGGCGAGGCAAUGGCCAGCGCAUGGACAUGGAUGGUAUGACGUUACAGGGAGCAGACGAUGCAGGCGUGUUUAAAUAUCCACCAA